CUCGUCUUCAACACACACUCAAUCAACAUGGCCAAGCUCAAGGAGAGUACACACCAGCGACUGGCUCCGGCACCAAAGCAGAGCAGGAUCCCAGGCACGCGACGGACCCUCCGAUCUGGACAAACUCGCCCCUCGUUACUGGCUUUGAAGAAGCAGUCAACCUUGACUCAACUGGAGUUCGGCGAUCUUCCUUCUAGCAGUCGAAGAACAGUCUCGGAUUCUGAAAAGGAUGAAUGCGAGGAAGAGGAUAUCGCGGAGUCAAGGCCAAAGAAGAAGCGCAAGCUAAAGGAUACUCCAAGAGCACCAGAUCAGUCAAGUUUGACUCAGAAAUGGAGCGACGUCGAGAUGUCGAAGAUGAGAUACGGUAGCGACAAGAAGGGGAACCGCUGGAGUAAUCCGGUCGUGAUCAAGGAUUUCAACGGCGGCGACACUCGUGACACACAAGCGAUUGCUAUGGACUUGCGCCAAGUGAUCGAAGAGACUCCUCUUUCAAGCCAGAGGAUACCGGACUCGGAGCCAUCGUCAAGUGCGCAGAGUUUACACGAGGAGUAUACCGUACAUCCAUCGUCACCCGGACACGAGACAACACGACCGACUACUGCCAAUUCCGCGAUGACAUUCAAAACGCCGCAGAAGAUCUUAAAGACUGUCAUCCCGUCUUCGAAUACUCCUUCCAGUGUGCAACUUUCGGUGCAUAGGAGCGGCGCUUGGAUGGAAUUCGCCAGAUCGCCACUGAAAGAGCGAAGCUGCAACCGUAGAGUACUGGACAAGUCGCAGAGUUAUGUUACAGCAAGGGAAUCCCCAUCGCCUCUGAAGCGGCCUUUGAAAGUCUCAUCAGCACGUCGUUUAGCGCGGACCAACACGAUACACGACUCCGAAAGUGACGACUCGGAUAUCGAGGAGGAUCCAGAAGACGUGACGCUUGUAUUGCCGCCUGCUCCCGAUCUCAAGCCCGAGUCCAGGACGCUCAAGCGCACGAUCACGGUGCAGGAUUCCGAUGAUGACCUAGAUAUGGACGAUCUGGACGAUGACCUGGGCGAGGACAACGAUAACAACGAUGGAGAUGACGGAUUUGACGCAGACGAUGACAGUACGGUCGUCGAAGACGAUCUAGACCAGCAGAACACCUACUCAGCCUCGAACUACCCUCAGACCUUUGAUCCUGUCAGUGCGGCCAUGGAGCGAGACGCCGCGAGAUUUGGGAAUGGACCGACACAACUCGAGACUCAAUACGUCAGCUUCUAUGAUCAUCCGAAAGAUGAUGACGAGGCUUCCGUUGUGGGGGGCGAAGAAGAGAUCGAAUUUGUUGCCGAGAGUCCAAUAGCAGAAGUUAUAGUGGAGGCGUCGCAGGAAAUUGAAGACGUCGCGGAGACGUCCCGCUAUGAAGGCCACGCACUCGCUGCUGUGAUGUCUGGAGACUUGGAUAAGCCGAUCCAAAUACAAGAUUCGAACGAGGAUGGCCGCCACGCCAAUGAGCUACCAUCUGUCCCCGGCUCACCAAUACUUGAGCCCGCGAGUCCGCGCGAGAAGAACAACCACGACGACGAUCAGCAUGACACUUCCAUCCACCAACGUACAGAAUCCAAUGCAGAUGAUGAAGCAAACGACAACCUCCUACCCCCGACUACCCAACCACGCCCAUCCCAGGUCAGCACCGUGAUGCCCACCCAAUGGACAACGUCCGACCGCCGCAACUCCGGCCAACAAUCAGCGCCGAUAUCCCCGCAAAAGUCCUAUAACUGGGCAGGCAACACACUCUCCAGCUCGCCGUUUCCUAUGCCGCCGUGGACGUUCUCCAAUCCUGAUGAGGAGACCGGGGAUGCUGGUGGGGUGAGACGGCCGGAGACGCAAUUUGAUAGUCUGGUGGAUUUCAGUCUGCCGCCUCCGCCGCCGCUUUCUUCUGAGGUGAGGAGAGGGGACGGGUUUGAUGGGAUGUGA